AUGGCCUCCUCACGCAUCUUCGUGCGGAACCUGCCCCCGACCCUCGCCGAGGCCGACUUCCGCAAGCACUUCGCUCAGAAGGACGCCGUCACCGACGCAAAGCUGCUUGCGCACCGCCGCAUCGGCUAUGUCGGCUACAAAACCCCAGAGGCCGCCGAGAAGGCUGUCAAGUACUUCAACAAGACGUUCAUCCGGAUGUCAAGAAUAGGCGUCGAGUUAGCCCGGCCCAUCGACGAUGCGCCAGAGCCCAGAAAUCGCAAGCGCGCUCCGACCGCAGCAUUGCCCGUAGCGGACAAGCCGUCUGAGGAGUCGGCGUCGCAGGCCGAAAACUCUCUCAAGCGCAAGAGAGGGGGCGAGGAUUCUGUCGCGGCGGAUCCCAAGCUCAAAGAGUUCCUCGAGGCCAUGAAGCCUGCCAGCAAGAACAAGACGUGGGCGAACGACAUGCACAUCGACCAAACGGCGACUGCAGAGGAUAGCACCCACGUCGAGCCGGUCAAUAUGCCCGAGGCCGAUAGUGAUGACGAGUAUCAGACGGUUCAGAAAAAGCCCAAGCACUCUGAGUCGACCGUUGUGGCUGAAACUUCUGAUGUCACCACACCAGCCGCUCUGCCUGCAAAUGAGAGCUUGUCUGGAGACGAACAAGUCGAUCAUGACGGAGAGGGGCAGGCUGGGUCGGGGCCAGUGUCUGACCUUGACUGGCUGCGUGCCAAGACAAGCAGAACGUUGGACGUGGUUGACGACGAUGAGGAAGAGCUCACACAUCGUCCGAAGCCUUCUGGGAAAGAAGUUCCAGCCGCAGCGGACGACAAGGAGUUGGAACCGGCCGAUGAUGUCCAACUGGAAAGUUCAGGUGGCGGUGCAGUUGCCGAUAACACCGAUACCCAGGUCAACUCUGACGUCGAGGGCAUCCGCCAGACCGGGCGGCUGUUUCUCCGAAACUUGCCCUUUGAUGUUUCAGAGGAUGAUCUGCGGGGCCACUGCAAUUCUUUCGGCGCCCUGGAAGAGGUGCAUGUCCCGCUCGAUCCCAAGACGGGCAAGGGCAAGGGCUUUGCCUACAUUCUCUUCGAGGAUCCCGAUAAUGCUGUCCGGGCUUAUGAGGAGCUUGACGGCAGAGUCUUUCAAGGUCGUCUUCUCCACAUCAUUCCUGCUACUGCAAAGCGAGAGAACAGGCUUGACGAGUUCGCCAUCUCGAAACUGCCGAUCAAGCAGCAGAAGCGCAUUCAGCAAAAGGCGCAGGCUGCCACUUCGACAUUCAACUGGAACUCCCUGUACAUGAAUGCCGAUGCUGUCAUCUCAUCUGUUGCCGAUCGUCUCGGGGUCAGCAAGUCCGAAGUGCUUGAUCCUACUUCCUCCGAUGCAGCUGUCAAGCAAGCCCAUGCGGAAACGCACAUCAUUCAGGAGACCAAGGCGUAUUUCACACAGAAUGGGGUUGACCUCGACGCCUUCAAGAAGAAGGCUAGAGGGGAUACUGCCAUCCUAGUGAAGAACUUCACCUACGGUACCACGGCCGACGAACUGAGGAAGAUGUUUGAAGAGCAUGGAACCAUCACUCGUUCUCUGAUGCCUCCCAGCGGAACCAUCGCCAUUGUCGAGUUUGCUCAGGCUCCUCAGGCCCGCGCUGCGUUUGCCUCGCUUGCCUACAGGAAAGUCAAGGAUUCUAUUCUAUUCCUCGAGAAGGCUCCAAAAGAUCUGUUUAAGGAGGGUUUCACACCGCAGGCUGUGCCUACCGCUGUUGCCUCCGGCCCCGAGGGCAAGGCUAGACUCGCCGCUUCAGACUUGCUUGCCGCAGAGGCCGCCCCCGAUCAGGUCGAUUCGUCCACCCUCUACGUCCGGAACCUCAAUUUCUCGACGACGACACAGCGCCUUACGGAGGUCUUCCGGCCUCUCGACGGGUUCGUGUCUGCACGGGUCAAGACGAAGACAGAUCCAAAGAAGCCAGGACAGAUUCUUAGCAUGGGCUUUGGCUUUCUUGAGUUUCGAACCAAGGAGCAGGCCCAGGCUGCCCUCGCCGCAAUGGACGGUUACAACCUCGAUGGUUACAAGCUCGCGAUUAAGGCGUCCAACAAAGGUCUCGAUGCGGCCGAGGAGCGGCGUAAAGAGGACAAGGCGAAGAAGGCAGCUGGCCGACAGACCAAAAUCAUCAUCAAAAACUUGCCAUUCGAGGCGACCAAGAAGGACGUACGCGCUUUAUUUGGUGCCUACGGACAGCUCCGCUCGGUGCGCGUACCUAAGAAAUUCGACGCCUCAGCGAGGGGUUUCGCGUUUGCCGAUUUCACGACUCCUCGCGAGGCGGAGAACGCCAUGGACGCGCUCCGCAGUACCCACUUGCUUGGCCGCAAAUUGGUCCUGGACUUCGCUUCUGAAGAUCCGGAGGAUGCUGAAGAGGAGAUUGCCAAGAUGCAGAAGAAAGUUGGCACGCAGGUUAACAAGGUCGCCCUGCAAAACCUCACGGGCGCCGGAAGAAAGAAAUUUAAUGUCGCAGGCACUGAUGAGCUCGAAGAAGCUUAA